AACAGUGUCUUCAGUUUGAAUCGGCAAUAAUCAAAAGAAUAUAUGCCAAUCACUAUCAAUCAACUACCAAGUAGAGACUGUAGGAUUCAAGAAGUGGUCAAAAACCACUUUUUAUGCCAUAUAUGCAAAAUUAAAACCUUUAAAUAUAUAAUACAUGGCACUAGCUUAGGUUGUACCAACAACAGCAAACAGAACAACACACUUGUAGCUAGCCAUGGAGAAACCUGAGCUUAUUGAAGGAAAGGUGGACUGGAAGGGAAGACAAGCAACAAGGCAUAAGCAUGGAGGAACCAAGACUUAUUUGCUCAUUCUUGGCACGAUUGGUUUCGAACAGAUGGCGACUGUUGCACUUGCAGUGAACUUGGUGACGUAUUUCAAUGGGGUGAUGCAUUUUGAAAUAGCAGAUGCGGCUAAUCAGCUAACUAACUUCAUGGGAGCUAGCUAUAUGCUUUCUAUACUGGUGGCUUUUCUUGCAGAUACUUAUAUUGGUAGAUGGAAAGCUGUUAUAAUUUCUGGAAGCUUUGAAUUCUUGGGACUAGCACUACUAGCAGUUCAAGCUCACUACCCGAAAUUCAAACCACCUGUUUGUAAUGUCUUUGAUCAAAAUUCACACUGUGAGAAAGUUGGAGGUAGCAAUGCUUUGCUGCUCUUUGUAUCUCUCUACUUGCUUGCAAUUGGUAGUGCAGGGAUCAAAGCUGCUUUACCAUCAUACGGUGCUGAUCAGUUCGAUGAGAAAGACCCGAAACAGGCGAGACAGAUGUCUAGCUUCUUCAACUAUAUAUUGCUAGCAAUUUGUGUUGGUGGUGCUAUUAGUUUAACACUACUUGUGUGGGUUCAAGAUAAAAAAGGAUGGGAUCGGGGUUUUGGACUUAGUGCUGUUGCUAUGCUCUUGGGUAUGAUAGUCUUUGUUGCUGGGUUGCCUAUGUAUCGUGUACAAGUUAUUCAAGAAUCCAAUGCUAUCAUUGAAAUUAUACAGGUCUAUAUUGCAGCCAUUCGUAAUCGAAAACUUCAACUUCCUGAAGCUACUUCAGAGCUCUAUGAGAUUAACCAUGACAAGGAAGCUGCUCUAGAAGCAGAAUUUCAAACUCACACAGAUACUUUCAGGUUCCUAGACAAAGCAGCCAUCCAAGAAACAUCUAUAGGACAAGAUUCAAGACAGCAAGCUCCUAAUCCAUGGAAACUCUGCAGGGUAACCCAAGUAGAAAAUGCAAAAAUCCUACUUGGGAUGGUACCAAUCUUCUGCUGCACCAUUGUAAUGACCCUCUGUCUAGCUCAGCUCCAAACAUUCUCUAUUCAACAAGGUCUAUCCAUGGAUACUAAGAUAACCAAAUCUUUUAACAUUCCACCAGCUUCAUUACCAAUUCUCCCAAUGGUUUUCAUGAUCAUCUUAGUCCCAAUCUACGAUCACAUAUUCGUGCCAUUUGCUCGUAAAAUCACAGGCCAUCCUACAGGAAUAACUCACCUUCAACGUGUAGGUGUUGGUUUGAUUCUUUCUUCUAUAUCCAUGGCUGCAGCUGCAAUAAUGGAAGGAAAGAGAAAAAAAGUGGCUAGAGAUAACAACAUGUUAGAUGCUAUUCCUAUAAUGCAGCCGUUGCCUAUUAGUGUGUUUUGGCUAUCAAUUCAGUAUUUCAUUUUUGGUAUUGCAGACAUGUUUACAUAUGUUGGUCUUCUUGAAUUUUUCUACUCACAGGCACCAAAGGGGAUUAAAUCUAUUUCUACUUGCUUCCUUUGGAUUUCCAUGGCGCUUGGAUAUUUUGUCAGCACUAUUUUGGUUAAGAUGGUUAAUAGUGCAACUGAAGGAGUCACUAAGAGCAGAGGGUGGUUAGCAGGCAAUAAUAUUAAUAGAAAUCAUUUGGAUCUGUUUUACUGGUUAUUAUCUGCUUUGAGCUUAAUCAAUUUCUGUAACUAUUUGAUUGUUGCUAAGAUGUACGAGUACAGGCCUCAGGACUCUGUUGGUCCAAAUAAGAAUAAUGGCAAGGCCUAAACCAAAGGAGAAAAAAAACAGUAUUUUAUUUUA